UGGUGGUCCUGUUCCUCUUCGAAUUGGCUUCUAUCUUCUCAAAGAACCGAGGGGUUGACUGAGAAUGGUAUGCACUAGGCUAUGUGUCAGGCGUUUUACACAGAACAGAAGAAAAUGUAACCCAGUUUGGAUUAUGUAUUCCUUUUUGGAUGAAUGCGGAGACGCGGUGCGCCCUCGUUGAAUGGGAGGCUGCCUUUGCGCACCAAAUGAAGUCAUGAACGGCCGAACGAUGAAGUCAUCGCCUGGACUUGCAGCUAUAAUCCCUGUGCACUGAUCGAUCGAUGUACACACACAGAUGAGGGAUUCUCACCGUUUUGGGAAGUGGGUCAUGGAAUAAUCGGUUCACCUAUUUUCUUUGAAAGGCCAUAUGUGGAAGCUUGGGUUUGAGAGUUAAUUUGUCUGUUAAAUUGGUAUGCUACUGUCGCCUGAUAAAAACGUUUGACAUGUUGAGAUUCGUUUUUGGACACAGAUAGUGAUAACAUUUAUUGUAAGAAUAGGCUAUAGCCUACAUUUCUAUUUUGCGUGAUGCAGAUCAAAUGUGUGCUGUCAGGUGUGUGUGGUAGCCUACAGUUUUCAAUAGACCUAAAUCAAGAUUGAAACAUCAAAAAGAUGUGCACGUUUUGGAAAUAUAUCAAAGUACGGAAUAAAACAUACUGUAAAACAUGCUGCUCUGAGAAAUUGGACGUUAUCAUUCAUGGUGUAGCGGAGAACGAAGCAAUUUAAGACAUGGAUAAGUUUCUGCAGAUCGCGCCUCACUCCCUGGGCAUAGUGCUGUCUCGGGUAGGCGCCGAGGAGUCGCCCGCGGUAACCGACAAGCUCCAGCAACAUCACACGGGCUACGAUAUAUUUGCCGACUUCAAAGCCGUCAACAUGCAGCACUUCUGGAAUAAGAAAGUGACAGAUGCGAUAUCGGAGACUUUCUUCCUAGGCUGGAUUGACGAGGAUGUCCUGCUGAUCCAAGGGAAGGAACACCACCUCGAGGUGCUCAGAGAGGGAUGGACGAGGCGGGCCCUCAAACCGCCCGGAGGGUUCGAGAUCAAGUGUAUAGGUGAUGUGUCUCCCAUCAGCAUGUCUCCUAUCAGCCAGUCCCAGUUCAUCCCACUGGGGGAGAUCCUGUGUCUGGCUAUCUCAGCCAUGAACUCUGCUCGCAAGCCCGUCAGCCAGGAGGCCCUGAUGGAACACCUCGCCACCUGCUUCCCAGGUGUUCCGACACCGAGCUCGGAAAUUCUGCGACACACCCUAAAUAUGCUGGUGCGAGAGAGGAAAAUCUACCCAACACCUGAGGGCUACUUCAUUGUCACUCCCCAGGCCUACUUUAUCACCCCCAACCUCAUCCGAUCCAACAGCAAGUGGUACCACCUGGACGACCGGCAGCAACAACAGCAGCAGCAGUGUACCUCCCCACAGUCAGGCACCAUCACGCCCUCCACCCCGGGCUGCACGAGGGAGAGGCCCAACCAGAAGAACCACGGUGACUCCUAUAACACGUACCGCGAUGAUACGCCCAUUCCUCAAGCCCCCGCUUACCAGAGGAAAUCUCCCAAGGAGCCUCGGGGAGAGCCCCCCUCCUACCCUGAGCCCCCUCCGGCUCCCGUUCAGACGUCACAGUUGCAAGAUCCUCUGAUGGACAAGAGCAAGAGCAAUGCCCCCUUCCCCUAUAAGACCGAUACGCUGACCAAAAAAAAGGAGGGCAGUGGUGGUGGCAGCAGUGCCGAGAAGCAAUCAAAGAAGUUUGCGCUGAAGCUGUUCAGGCUGAGCUUCAAGAAAGACAAGCUGAGGCAGCUGGCCACGUUCUCGGCCCAGUUCCCCCCAGAGGAAUGGCCCCUCCGCGAUGAGGACGCGCCUGCCAUCACCAUCCCCCGCACUGUGGAGAUGGAGAUCAUCCGGCGGAUCAACCCAGACCUGACGGUGGAGAAUGUGGCACGCCACACGGCCGUGAUGAAGAGGCUGGAGGAGGAGCGUGCCCAGAGGAGAAAAGCAGGCAGCUCGGCAGAGCACAGUGCACGCAGCCGGAGGAGUCGUGGUCACCGUCGGGUGAUGCACGGCAAGUCUCGUUCACACAGCAAGACUCGCGUCUCCCGGGGCGACCCGUCCGAGAGUUCCAACCUGGACAUGGCCAUGGUGGACAGGGAUUACAGCCGCUUCUUCAGCCACUCGCUGGUGCGCUCCCCUCGUGAGGCCAUGUACACGUUGGAGCGCAAACGAAGCGGCGGGACUUACAUAGUCCACAGUAACCCCAACAUCACAGAGUCCCACUUCCCCGUCACCCCGGAGUGGGACGUGUCCGGGGAGUUGGCGAAAAGGAGGACAGAGAUGCCUUUCCCCGAGCCCUCGCGCGGGACAUCCAGCGGGAGAGUGCACCGAAGCCACAGUCAAACUCAAGAAGGAAGGAAGUCGCGAGACGAGCUGCCCGAUCAGGCUAAGGAGAGGUCCCGCUCCAUGGACAAUGCUUUGAGCCCUCUGGGUGGAAUGUGCCCCUCUUUGGGGAUGUCAGAGGACUAUGAGCGGAGUCCUGACGAGCGGAGUCAUUACUACACAGAUAAUGGGACUUUGCGGGCCUCCCAGAAGUCGUCCCACUACUCAAGGAUCAUGUUCUCGGCUGCUAAGUUCAACUCUGAAAUGUGUGUGCCUGAUGUGGGGAAGGGGAGCUUAGGGAAGGGGAGCUUGGACGAGUCUAGGAUCCGAAGCCCGCUGGAAAGGAACAAGAGCAGAGACAGCUUGCCAGCCUACAGUGAUCUGAAAGGACUCUCGCCCAAGCCCUCGGCGGACGACUACUUCCAGUGCAAUACGUCGAACGAAACAAUACUUACCGCCCCUUCACCUCUGUCAAAAGCAGACCUCGACACGUUAACCUCGUCUGAGGGAAUCCGGAAGGGCACUCCGGUUGAUCGCCACACCCCUCACCUUACCUCUCCCCUCACAAUGGAAUACAAAGAGGACUCUUUGGCAAAGGGACAAAACGUCUCAAAACGGCCAACACCAAGCCAGACCCCAGAGCCCAUGCCUAAUGGACGUUUGAUACAACACCAACACAACGUAGACCCUGGAGGGGGAGGCGGUGGUGGCGGGGCAGACAAGAGGAAGGAGAUCUUCAGCAAGGACACUUUGUUCAAGCCUCCACACAACGCGUUGACUGCAGGCUACGUGGAGGGCACGUACACCAAGUCGGGCACCCUACGAAAGACCCCACACAUCAAAUCAGCCGAUGUCCUUGACAAUCUAGAGGCCCAGCAGCCUUCGAAUUCAGCAGCUUCCCCCGCUUCCGCCCUGGGCCUCCAGGGCUCCGAGCCAGCAUUCCCAUCAGCCUCCGAGGCCGCCUUUGACUACUACAAUGUGUCGGACGAUGACGAGGAGGUGGUGGUGGAGGAGGCCUCGCGGGAGGAGUUAGUGGCAGCAGAGGUCAAAGGGCACGGGGAGGGUGGAGUCGGAACCAUGCAGUGGCUUCUGGAGCGGGAGAAGGAGCGUGACCUGCAGCGCAAAUUUGAGACUAACCUCACGCUGCUCAGCCCCAAGGAGACAGAGAACAGUAGCAGCCAGAAGUCAGCGCACUCGGCACGUCUGGAUAGCAUGGACAGCAGCAGCGUGACUGUAGACAGUGGAUUCAACUCCCCAAGGACACGUGAAAGCCUGGCUUCCAACACGUCGAGCAUCAUGGAGAGCAAUAGACGACAGAAUCCAGCAUUGAGUCCGGGCCACAUGGGCACCACCAGCAUCGGUCCGCCUUUCAGCUUUCGCACCAUCCCAGAACCUCCCCAUACCGCACAGCCUGAGAAACUGCAGAAGUCUUCAACCUGCCUGGCGUCCAUCACCAGCGUCUGACCUGACAUACAGACAGACAGACAGACAGACAUCAAGGCCUGAGAUGGAGGAGGUGGAUUAUUAAGGUUAUGGUAGGGACCAUUGGGGGUAAUAGGGGGGGGGUGGAGAAGGCAGAAGUUGGGUCACGUUGUGCCCCACCUUCUCCUCACCCAUCCACACACACAUGUCCACCCUCCCUCACCCAACCCCCAGAAAAUCCAACUACUACUGGGACUGUUAACCACACAGGCAUGGCUUCCAGAGACUGUUCCCACAGCUUCAAAACUUCACUGCAAAAAACAAACAAAAUGACAACCACAAAAUAAAGAAACUAUCCUGACCUUGAUUCAUUUUGUCUCCCAUUGCAAGAGAGCCAAUCAGGAAUUAUCUUGAUUUGGAUUAUAACGACUUUGAUUUUGUUUUUGGGACAGAUUUCCAGAUUCCUCAAUGUUGGUAUUAGAGAAAUGUAGUCACAUUUGGGAAAAUCUAUACUUUUACGUGUUAUUUCCAAUCCAUGUCCAAUGAAAUGUUUUCUAUCAAGAAUUAUAAAUAAUUUAUCAGGAGAAUUAUCUUAUUUGUAUGUUGAUGUUGAUGCACAGUACUAAAAAUAAUGAAGAGAUAAGAAGGUGGAAAGGCAAAAUGUCAGAGGUUCUGAUUUGUGUAGUGCAAAGCAAAAUAGGCUAUUGUAGUUCUAUCCAUACAGUAUAAUUUAUUCAUAAGUACAAUAAUGUAUACUCAAAUCUUUUUUUAUAUUUAAGUGACUGAAACAAAAUCAUUCAAAUGAAUAAUGACAAUUUAGUAAGGGAAACGGUUGUUUUACAUUGUUAGUUGAAUUAUUAAGUUUCCAUCCUGGAGCACUAAUGUGCCUUUUCUGUGGUAUUUAUGACUAAAUAAAUCAAAAAUAAAAAAAAAAUCUUGAUCCAACAUAUAA